AUGAUUGACUUACUAGAUUUCAUCCAAAAACAAUUCUCUGUUCCCUUCAGUUGUAUGAAUUAUACUUUCAAGAUGAAAGAAAUGUCAUUCUUCCUUGUUCCAUCCUGGCCUUCUUUCUUCAUCUUUUUAUGUACAUACACUUGCCUUUAUACACAUUUUGUUUCAUGCCAAUGUCUCGAUGAUCAGAAGACUUUGCUUCUUCAAUUCAAAGCCAGUCUUGCAAUCGGUACAGCCUACACUCGAACAUUCCAUCCUCCAGACAAGCUUAUAAUGUGGAAUGAACAUACUGAUUGCUGUCAAUGGAGAGGAGUCGAAUGCGACAAUUCCAGUGGCAAAGUCAUCGGCUUGGAUUUGAGCUGGAUAGACAUCGAUACCAAAAUCAACAACUCGAGUAGUUUGUUUCGUCUGCAAUUCCUUAAGAAAUUGCACUUAUCACGAAACAAUAAAAUCAAGUGUGAAAUUCCAUCGAAAAUUGGCAAACUCUCUAGGCUAUCUCAUCUUUCCUUGACAGGAUUCCAUGGUCAGGUACCACUUGAAAUAUCACAGCUUCUCAAUUUAGUUGUUCUUAAUCUUUCAUCUUAUCAAUUAUACAUGAUAAGGCCAAAUUUGGCAAGGAUCGUACAAAAUCUGACGAAUAUGAAAGAACUCUAUCUUGAUGGAGUCGAUAUUUCAGCCAUGGAGAACAAAUGGGGGAAGGCCUUAUCAUCAUCGCUUCCUCGCCUGCAAGUCUUGAGCAUGUCUAACUGUAACCUGAGGGGUAAAAUCUCCAAGUCACUUUCUAGGCUUCGUCAUAUUUCUGUGAUCCAGCUAGAUUUUAACCCUCUGUUGUCGGGUCCAGUACCAGAUUUUCUGGCCGAGUUCACAAACUUGACGACACUAAGUCUAUCCCAUUGCGGAUUGAUUGGAACUGUGCCUGAAAAUAUUUUUCGGCUCCACAGGCUGACAACCCUCAGAAUGAAUAAUAAUGAGCUAUUACAAGGUACUUUGCCGCACUUUCACAAGAACAGAUCACUAGAAGAGUUAAAACUUAGUUCGACAAAAUUUUCUGGGAUCCUUCCAAGUUCUAUCUCCAACCUCAACAGGCUUCGUAGGAUUGAUCUCGCCAAUUGUCGAUUCCAAGGAAGAAUCCCAUCAUCAAUUGGAAGGUUAAAACUACUUGAAGAAGUGUAUCUCUACAAUAACCAAUUUUCAGGUCCGAUUCCAUCGUUUUCAUCAGUUAAAAAUCUGAAAUUCCUACAUCUUAGAGACAACAAUUUGAAUGGUUCUAUAAAUUCUACCAACUGGGGAAAACUACUUGGUUUAGAGGUACUCAUCUUGUCAAACAAUUCAAUAGAUGGAAGCAUUCCUUUGUCACUGUUUUCGCUUCCAUCACUCUCAUCUUUAGCACUAAAAAAGAACAAAUUCAGUGGGCAACUGAAUGAGUUUGCAAAACCAACUUCUUCCAUGCUUUCUUAUCUCGACCUGUCACACAAUAAUUUGGAAGGACCUGUCCCAAAGUCGGUGUUUCGAUUACAAAAGCUUAAUACUCUCGAUCUGUCUUCCAACAGGUUCAAUGGAACACUAAAGAUGAACGAGCUUCUACAAAACGUCGAGAACCUCGAGAACCUUGGCCUUUCACACAACUUCUUAUCAAUUGAAGCAAGUGAUUCCAGUGUGAACUCUAGUUUUCCCCAGCUAGAAACCUUAGGAUUGGCUUCUUGCAACUUGAGCAUUGUACCCAAGUUUCUAACAAACCAAUCGCUUUUACUCAGUCUUGACCUUUCAAUGAAUCAGAUUUCAGGCGCAUUACCCGGCUGGAUGGAGAGGAUAAUCAGUGGCCUUCGAGAAUUGAACCUUUCUUGCAACUCCUUGGUGGAUCUAAAACCACCUCUUUCUCUACGAUUUAAUGCUUCACAAAUGCAUACGUUAGACCUUCAUUCCAACAAUCUUCAAGGGGGGCUUCGAAUUAUCGUAUCAGACAGUUUAUUUUAUCUCGAUUUCUCGAACAAUAACUUGAUUGGUAGCAUUCCUCAAGAGUUGUGUAAUGCCACUCAUCUUUCGCUUCUGAAUCUAGAGUACAAUCAUUUGGAUGGAACCGUUCCUGAUUGUCUUAUGAGCAUGACUCAACUCAACAUACUGAACCUGAGAAAAAACUACCUUGGAGGCUUUAUAACUUCUAAAUUCAAGAAAGGCUGCAGCCUGCAAACUCUCAACCUGAACGAGAAUUUCGUGCAAGGACAGAUUCCCCGAUCUCUUUCCAACUGCAAAGAAUUAAAGGUAUUAGAUAUUGGGAAUAACAGAUUCAAUGACACCUUUCCAUGUUAUUUAAAAAGAUUGUCCCAUCUGCAAGUUCUCAUCCUUAGAUCAAACAACUUUCACGGAACCUUGCUUUGCCCACCGCAUCACUCGAUUUGGCUAAAGCUUCAAAUCGUGGACAUAUCCUCAAACCAUUUUAAUGGUGAACUGAAAGCUCAAAUCUUCAUUAAGUGGAUAGCUAUGAUGGCAGAUAUAAGUGGAAAGCAAUCCCAACUAGGAUAUUUGCAAAGUGAUGUAAAAUUUGGGUCGUAUUACUAUCGAAAUACCGUGGCAGCAACCUUUAAAGGUUAUUCCUAUGAGUUGCAGUACAUCUUAACAGUCUUCACUAGCAUCGACUUCUCCAACAACAAAUUUCAUGGUGAGCUACCAACAGAGUUGGGAAAUCUGAACGCACUUGUAGUACUCAACCUUUCUCACAAUGCCUUCUCGGGGAAAAUUCCUUCGUCGUUUGGAAAUUUAAAUCAGAUUCAAUCUUUGGAUCUCUCUUGGAAUGCUUUCAGAGGGAAAAUACCUUGGGAGUUUGCCAACUUGAAUUUUAUCGAGUACUUGAACUUGUCCUUCAACAAGCUAUCAGGACAAAUCCCAACGAGCACUCAACUUCAAUCAUUCAAUGCAUCUUCAUUUGAAGGCAACCAAGGAUUGUAUGGUCCUCCAUUGACAUCAAUUAGAAGUAACUUCAAUCCAGAAACUCCAUCAACAUCUCCACAUGAACCAAAAUGGAGUUCAAAGAACCAGAUAGAGUGGAUGCUCAAGGGUGCUACAGUCGGGUUUCCUGUGGGAAUCACAAUCUUCUUAGGAUCCCUUCUUUUUUUUAAGAGAUACAGGGAAUGGUAUUGCGACCAUCUUCAAAUGAUUGUCACGAAAAUUCUAUAUAAGGAAAAUUCUAUGCAAGGAAGGAGGAGGAGAAGUCGGCAACAAAGGCGAAGAUAUUAG